AUGCUUGUUUUCAGUAAGAUCACCAUUAGCCUCGCCGGCCUUGCUUCCAUUGCCCUGGCUGCACCCACAACACAGACGAGCAGCAAGUUCUCUGUGAAACAGGUUGCUCGCACGGCUACGAAAACAUCCAACUUUGCUGCAGCUUAUGGUCAUGCACUCUCGAAGUACGGUGCCAAUGUACCCUCUCAUGUCGAGGCUGCGGCCGCCGCAAGUGGUAUUGCGACCAACACGCCUGUGAACAAUGACGAGGAAUAUCUGACGCCUGUAACUAUUGGUGGCACAACGUUGAAUCUGGACUUUGAUACUGGAUCCGCUGAUCUUUGGGUCUUCUCAACGGAGCUGUCUGCCUCCGAGCAAUCUGGCCACUCUGUGUACGAUCCUAGCACUAGUGGGACUGAGCUAAGCGGCUAUUCGUGGUCCAUUUCUUACGGCGAUGGAAGCAGUGCUAGCGGUAAUGUGUACACUGAUUCCGUUACUGUGGGUGGUAUCACUGCGUCUAGCCAAGCUGUGGAAGCUGCUCAAACCAUCAGCUCCGAAUUCCAACAGGAUACCAAUAACGACGGCCUUCUCGGUCUCGCCUUUAGCAGCAUCAACACUGUGCAGCCUCAGGCUCAGAGUACUUUCUUUGAUAGCGUCAAAGACUCUCUGGACCAACCGCUGUUUGCCGUUGCCUUGAAGCAUAACGAACCCGGUGUCUACGACUUUGGCUUCAUCGAUUCAUCCAAGCAUACCGGCUCAAUUGUCUACACCGAUGUGGAUAGUUCGCAGGGAUUCUGGAGUUUCAAUGUCGAGAGCUACACAGCAGGUACUCGUUCUGGUGGUGGCUUCAGUGGAAUCGCGGAUACCGGCACCACUCUCCUGCUCCUCGAUAGCUCAAUCGUGUCGGCAUACUACUCACAAGUCAGCGGUGCAAAGAAUAGCAAUUCUGCUGGUGGCUAUGUCUUCGACUGCUCUGCGAGUCUGCCUGAUUUCAGCGUCAAAAUUGGCAGCUACACCGCUACUGUUCCAGGCUCGUUGAUCAACUAUGGCCCAUCUGGUGUCGGCUCCACCUGUCUUGGAGGUAUUCAGUCAAACUCUGGCAUUGGAUUUUCGAUCUUCGGUGAUAUCUUCUUGAAGAGUCAGUAUGUCGUAUUUGAUUCUGCGGGCCCCCAGCUUGGCUUCGCCCCCCAAGCCUAG